AUGGGAAAUACUCAAUAAAAAGUAUGUUAAGAGGAAGAACAAUUAGCAUAACAACAAUAGAUGUUGAAAUCAAGAAUGUUGUACAGGGUCAUCAAAAGUCAUAAGCGAUUGCUUAAAAAAUAGGCAUUUUGUUUGGGAAUCACAUUUGUUCUGAUUCUAUUGGCAUUGAUGAAUUCUGUGUUAUUGUUGUUGUAUGAUGAUGAAAAUUGA